GUUCGAAUAUCCUAAAUGGAAUUUGAUGUAAAUUCACCAAUCCAAUUGUUUCCAAAUAUGGAAAUUUUUAAUUUAAUUUCGAUUAUAUAAUCACCAAGUAGUAUCUCGUCUUAUAUGUCUUAAUAUUCUUGUCUUACAUUGCAACGUAAAUAUUUUAAUUAUUUAUCCUACCCUUUUUCUCUUUUCCAUGGCUCUUGAUUCUCUCGAAUGCAAACCAGACCUAAAAAAUUUUAACACAGAAAAGACUGCUUUCUUAAAGGAAUUUAAUGUACAAUACGGUUAUGGCGGUAAAAUUGAUCAAAUACGUGAAGAAGAAUACCCUCAACUUAAAGGGGCCGUCUUCCUUGAUCAUGCUGCAACAACUACUUAUGCCAAAAGUGUUCUUAUUUCUUUCACAACUGAUCUCAUUAAUAACCUUUACGGUAAUCCUCACGCAAAUUCACCUAGUUCGCAACUCUGUAAUCAAAGAUUAGAUAAAGUUCGUGAUCGAGUUCUUAGACAUUUUAAUGCCAAUCCUGGUGACUAUCAAGUUAUAUUUACUCAAAAUGCUACAGCUGCUAUUAAGUUAGUUGGAGAAAUGUUUCCAUGGACAUCGGAUCAAAGCUCUUACAAGUAUUUAAGAGAAUCUCACAAUAGUCUUAUUGGACUAAGAAGAUUUGCAGAAGAAGCCGAUGCGAAACUUAUCAAAGCGAUAACAGAGGAUGAUUUCAUCUGCUUAUUUGAAAAUGAUCCGAAAACAGAGUCUAUACAAUGUGAUAAUCAUUAUUCAACUAACGCCCUACCCCGAGUAGGGUUAAUUGAUUCUCCACAUGGAACUCAGCAGGAAUUUCAAAACACUUAUCAACAGGAGACAUCUAUUCAAAAUAAUAUAAUUUACAACCUUUUUGCUUAUCCAGCACAAUGUAAUUUCUCUGGAUCAAGGUUUCCGUUAAAUUGGAUUCAGAAAAUCAAAAGAUUCAAUAAAAAUAAUAAUUCAAAAACCUUAGUCUUAUUGGAUGCUGCUGCUUAUGUUUCAUCAUCUUUACUUUCACUGUCCGAGGUCGAUACAUCUCCAGAUUUUGUCACCAUUAGUUUUUAUAAGAUGUUCGGCUUCCCCACUGGAUUAGGAGCAUUGAUUGUAAAGAACGAAUUAGAACCAAUACUGAGAAAAAGAUACUUUGGUGGCGGCACCCUCGAUUCAAUCGUGUAUGAUAGACCGUGGCAGAAAUUUCGUAAAUCCUUGCAUGAACGUUAUGAAGAUGGCACGGUUAAUUUCCUUGAUAUUAUUGCUCUAGACCACGCGUUUGAUACAUCGGAACGUCUAUAUAAUAACUUUGAUCUUAUCAAAAAUCAUGUCACCUCUUUAAUUAUUUAUCUUAGUAGAAGUAUGAAAUCUCUACGUCAUUAUAAUGGGCAACCUGUUUGUUAUAUCUACUCAAAUAGAGAUUUUUCAAAUAAUACACUUCAAGGUCCUGUUUUCAGUUUUAAUGCGAAACGCGCAGAUGGAUCUUGGGUUGGGUACCUUGAAUUAGAAAGGCUAGCAAGUGUGAAUAAUAUUCACAUUAGAACAGGGAGACUUUGUAAUCCAGGCAGUUCUGCGAGAUGGACAAAAUUAGAUUCUGAAGACAUCAUAGAUAGCUUUUAUAAUGGAAAAACAUGUCACGACGAUCAAGAUAUGUGGAAUGGAAAACCAGCAGGAACGAUUCGGAUUUCUGUUGGUGCAAUGACAACAAUUGAUGACAUUCUUAUAUGGAUGAAUUUCUUUAAGAAAUAUUAUGUUGAGAUAGCACCAUCUUCUGUAAUGAAUAACUCUAUUUCAUUUAGCCAAAACUUAGUAUUGGAAAAAGUAACACUAUUUCCAAUUAAAUCAUGUCAUGGGUUUAGCAUUUCACCAUCAACUUCAUGGCCUAUAACUAGUAAAGGACUUAUGUAUGAUCGUGAAUGGAUGUUGGUGGAUGCGGGAAAUGGUAGAGCAUUAAGUCAAAAAAGGUUUCCUCGAAUGACCUUAAUUUGUCCAGAAAUUAUAAGAGACAAAGGGUUACUCGCAGUGUCAGCUCCCGACAAGGAACCCUUAUAUAUUGACUUGAACAUUUAUCCAAAUACGGUUGAAUUUUCCACAUGUUCUUCACAGGUUUGCGGUGACAAGAUUCAGACAUGUGUAUACACAUCAUCUGAAAUUAAUGAAUGGUUCUCAUCCUUUCUUAAUGUAUCAUGUCGUUUGGCACGACAUGCAUCUAUGAAAGAUAACAGCUUACUUCAACAUCGUUUUAUUAAAUCAUACUUUAAUGUGCCUGACAACAUGCAUCUAUCUUUAUCAAAUGAAUCACCAUUUUUAAUAAUAUCACAUUCAAGUGUUAAUUAUAUUAAUAAAAAAAUUAUAGAAGGAGGAAACCAAGAAGUAGAACCAGAUUGUUUUCGUGGCAAUUUUUUAAUUAAAGGAACAAAAGAAUUUGAAGAAGAUCAGUGGAAAUUUGUUAAAUUUGAUGAACAAGUUUUUAAGAUUAUUGGUCCAUGCAGAAGAUGUAAUAUGACCUGUAUAAAUCAUAAAACCGCUGAAGUAGCUAAAGAACCUUAUUCCACAUUAGCUUUAUGUCGUCAAUUUAAUGGAAAAAUACAUUUUGGUCAACAUAUGAUUCAUGUUCCCGAACUUUCAGAAAAACCUUACUUAAUUAAAAGUAAUUCAUUAGUUCAAAUUUUAACAGAUAGGAAUUUGAAUAAAAAAUUAAAAAAGUGGACUAUAUGGAAUUGGUUAUGGAUUAGUUUAGGGAUUUUUUUAAUUUAUAUUUUUAAUAAAAAUAUUAUUAAUAAAAUAUAUAAUUAUAUUAAUUAUUAUUAAAUAAAA